CAAAUACUGACAAAAAGCAUGUCUCAAAACACGUGGUCUGUACUACCACAUGUUGUGUACUUCUCUUUUUACCUUUUGGAAGUAUCAAAACAACUUUCCAGACGGAAUCGUCCACAUUGUCAAUGAGGGGGUAGAGAAAAAAAAGUGUGUUAAUACAACUACUUCUUAAUUCAUACUACAGUCUUUAUGAAGCUUUAAUCAUUUAAAUUUUAAACUAAAAUCACAUUUUGUGCCAACUUUGACUUUGAAUUGUUUAUUAUGACUUUUGGGUGAAAUUUCCUAAGUUUAAAUCAUACAAAUAUUCCGAAUUUCACAAUGGAAUGGUUGGAAUGUGGAGAUCACUUUUAACUUGCCGCGCCAAACUUCGGCGCUGAGCUCGAUCGCAUGCGCCAAAUUUUAUGCAUGCAAUUUGUAUACGCGAUCGUCGAUAUAUCGAGCGAGCUGAAAAUCGCGCUGUGUUUCAGUAAUUGAGAGUAUAAAGGAAUUAUAUGACCUGAAUUUGAACAGAAUGUCGAUCAGAUCGCCAUUUGAUUUGCAAUGAAUAUGUCGGAAUCUCAGUCAUCGCCAACCCUUGAGAGUGCAGGCAGCUCACAAGCCCCCUCUCCAGUAACCGGUGCACCCAAUGCACCAAGAUAUGGAACCAUCAUUCCAAACAGGAUAUUCGUCGGUGGAAUUGCAUUUAAUCAGACAAGCGACGCAGAGCUCAGGAAUUUCUUCUCGGCCUUUGGUCAUGUCAAAGAGGCCAAGAUUAUUGCGGAUAGAGCAGGAGUUUCAAAAGGGUAUGGAUUCAUCACAUUCGAGACGCCAGAGGAAGCACAUAGAAUUCUAAAAGAUCAGGCAAACUGUUUAGUUUUCAAAGAAAAGAAGCUGAACAUCGGGCAAGCAAUUAGAAAGCAGCCUCUCAAAUACCCCAAAGAUGUUGACCCAGCCCUUAUUCCAAGCGGGAUGGUCUUCCAUUCACCGAGCGGUGGGUACAGCUACACGUACCACAACGGAGUCGCGUACUUCAAUCCUUCGGACGCACAGGCAGCUACGCACGGUCAUCCAGGUCAUCCAGUACAGACAACGAUAGCUGCGCAUCAUCAUCAUCAGCAGCAAGCACAGCCCCAGUAUGCACCGUACACCGUCCCCUUCAUGCUGCCUCCUCCAACCCCUCAGCAAUACAUGACAAACCAACAUCAACAGUUUGCCUACCAACAGCCCCAACCGGUCAGACAGCCUGCGCCACAGUACCAGACACAGUGGAGAUGGGUACCUGCACAGGCUCCAUCUGCAGCAGCGGUGAACGGCGGCAUGCUACCGGUCUCCCCGCUCUACCCCAACCCUCCCCAGCCCCAUAGCCAUGAGGUCAUCUACCAACAGGCCCACCAUUACCAGACACAAGAGAUUGGAGAGGUGCCUAUCAUGGAACCCUCAGCAGCAGAGGGUACCACCGUAGUACAGACUGCUGAUCAUAUGCCCACCCAAGUCAUCAGCCGUCACCAACCCUACCUAGGAACCACUGAACUCCAACAGGCCACCUACACCACCUCCUACGACCCCAACACCAUCCCGACCUCCAUCGUCCAAAAGGUCACGCCCAAGUUCACCGGGAAGCGCCCCAUCAAGAUGCCGAGACGCGGGGACCGCGCCGUCAAGACGAUCCGGACGGACAUCCCCGGGCAACCGUGCACCUCCCCCAUGGGCUACCCGACCAUGAUGAUGGCCGCCCCGCCCCGCAUGGACGAGGCGCUGAUGAUGAACCUCAACAGCACGGCUCAUAUGGGGGUUAGCGCCGCCCACAUGGCUGGCCCCGCCCACAUGGUGAACUCCACCCACAUGGGAAACGCCACCCAUAUCACAGGAGGCGGGGACAACUGAUUGGUGACGCAUCCCCUGUACUGUAACCCAACCCCAUCACUUCACCCCGCCCAUUUAGUACACCCUAGGUCCCACCCAAAUGGUGCUUUACUUGCUGAUGAGGGUUAAACACGUGCCUUAAUUACCCUUUAUUACCAUGCUUGGGUGUGAUUUCAAAGUUAUCUGGUGACAAAAAAAAUGUAUACUGUGAUUUAUAUAAUGUAAGUAGAAACUAAGCCUUUUCUUUUGACAUAUCAAAGUACAUUAAUUCUUAGACGCUGUAUAUAUUUCAUUCAAUAUUCAACUCGUGAUCACAGAAGGUCAGAUGGAUAUCUGACACAUUUUAGUGAGUGACAUCACUAAAAUAAUAUUUUUCUUUUUUCUAUCAGGGUAUAGUGCCUUUCAUUGUCUUCCAUGCCUCUUUCUAAACAUGAAUUCAUGAUGCGAUUUUGGAUUAGCUGAAAGGGAACAUCAAAGCUUUUUGUGCGAGAGGCUUUUGAUAGAGACGGC